CUCCCGAAAUGUAGCCAGCAGCGGGAGCGCGGGGGCUGGUUUGUAAUCGCUCAGGUCUUCUGCAUGGCUCUUCUUCUUCUCUUUCACCGGGAUGCCGUGAAAAUCAGAACCGCAGACUGAGAGACCCGCUGCUCCCUCGCUAAUCACAGACACGGCGGUGGCGGAGGCAGCGGAGGAGGAGGAAGAGGUGGUGGAGGAGGAGGAGGAGGAGGAGGUGGUGGUGGAGAGGGAUGGAUACCAGUGGAAAGAUUCCACAUUAGGUAGCGACCACGGAGAUCCGAGGAGCCCUGAACGUCUCACAGUUGUGGUACGCGGCCGGAGGUGGUGCCUCGAGGAUGGAUUUCACCCUGCUCCGGAACCUCAUCAGCAGAUACUGUGUGGGGGAGGAGAUCUGGCUGGACAGUCGGACGGUGUACAUCGGUCAUAAAGAACCUCCUCCGGGAGCCGAGGCCUACAUCCCUCAGCGUUACCCCGACAACCGCAUCGUCUCCUCCAAGUAUACCUCCUGGAACUUCGUUCCCAAGAAUCUGUUUGAGCAGUUCAGAAGAAUCGCAAACUUCUACUUCCUGCUCAUAUUUCUGGUCCAGCUUCUCAUCGACACCCCCACGAGCCCAGUCACCAGCGGCCUGCCCCUCUUCUUUGUCAUCACUGUCACCGCAAUAAAACAGGGCUAUGAGGAUUGGCUCAGACACAAGGCUGACGACUCUAUAAACGAGUGUCCGGUGGACGUGGUGCAGCAGGGGAAGGCGGUGAGAACGCAGAGUCACAAGCUACGGGUGGGGGACGUCGUGGUGGUGCGGGAGGAUGAGACUUUCCCCUGCGAUCUGAUCCUGCUCUCCUCCAGCCGCCAUGACGGGACCUGCUACGUCACCACUGCCAGCCUGGACGGGGAGUCCAGUCACAAGACCUAUUAUGCAGUACAAGAUACCAUGGCCUUUAGAACGGAGCCGGAGGUGGAUUCGCUACAUGCCACUAUUGAAUGUGAACAACCACAGCCUGACCUCUACAAAUUUGUGGGACGCAUCAAUAUUUACAAGGACAAAGAAGAGCCCGUGGCGAGACCACUUGGGGCUGAGAAUUUGCUCCUCAGAGGAGCCACACUGAAGAACACACAACAUAUUUAUGCUGUUGCGGUCUACACUGGUAUGGAGACCAAGAUGGCGCUCAACUACCAGUCUAAAUCUCAGAAGCGCUCCGCUGUAGAGAAGUCGAUGAAUGCCUUCCUGGUCGUGUAUCUGUGCAUCUUGAUCAGUAAAGCGGUCAUCAACACCAUUCUGAAAUACGCCUGGCAGUGGUCUCCGGACCGGGACGAGCCCUGGUACAACCACAGGACUGAGAACGAGCGCCAGCGCCACGUGGUGAUCCGAGCGUUCACAGACUUCCUGGCCUUCAUGGUCCUCUUUAACUACAUCAUCCCGGUGUCAAUGUACGUGACGGUGGAGAUGCAGAAGUUCCUGGGCUCUUAUUUCAUCACCUGGGAUGAAGAGAUGUUUGACGAAGAGCUGGGGGAGGGAGCUCUGGUGAACACCUCUGACCUGAAUGAAGAGCUGGGACAGGUGGAGUACGUGUUCACUGAUAAGACAGGCACUCUCACUGAGAACAACAUGGAGUUUAUUGAAUGCUGCGUCGAUGGGAACGUCUACAUCCCGCACGCCAUCUGCAACGGCCAAAUCCUCAGCGCCGCUUCCAGUAUCGACAUGAUCGACUCCUCACCCGGAGGGUACAGGAGAGAACACGAGGACCUGUUUUUCCGGGCGCUGUGCCUGUGUCACACGGUGCAGGUGAAGGAGGAGGAGACGGUGGACGGCAUCAAGAGGGGCAUCCACCAGGGCAGGCCCACCUCCUUCUACAUCUCCUCCUCGCCAGAUGAGGUGGCUUUGGUGGAGGGAAUGAAAAGGCUGGGUUACACCUAUCUGAGACUGAAAGACAACUACAUGGAGAUCCUCAACAAAGACGAUGAGAUCGAAAGAUUUGAGCUGCUCCAUGUGCUGAACUUUGACUCCGUCAGGAGGCGAAUGAGCGUCAUCGUCAAGUCCAGCUCAGGAGAAUGCCUGCUGUUCUGUAAGGGAGCGGACUCGUCCAUUUUCCCCCGCGUCGUAUCUGGGAAGGUGGAGCAGGUGAAAGCCCGGGUGGAGCAGAAUGCUGUCGAGGGGCUGCGGACUCUGUGCGUCGCUUAUCGAAAGCUGUCGGAGUCCGAAUACCAGGAGGCGUGUCACCGGCUGAACGAAGCCAAGCUGGCCCUGCAGGACAGGGAGCAGAGGCUGGCGCAGGCCUAUGACGUCAUCGAGAGGGACUUAGUGCUUUUGGGAGCGACGGCAGUGGAGGACAGGCUCCAGGAGAAAGCUGCGGACACCAUCGAGUCACUGCACAAGGCCGGGAUGAAAGUCUGGGUCCUGACGGGGGACAAGAUGGAGACGGCGGCGGCGACCUGCUACGCCAGCAAGCUGUUCCACCGCAGCACCCAGAUCCUGGAGCUGACCAAGAAACGCACCGAGGAGCAGAGCCUCCACGACGUGCUGUUCGAACUGAACCGGACCGUUCUGAGGCAGCGCUCCAUGUCGGGGUUGUCUGUCGACUGCCUGGACUUUGGUCUGAUCAUCGACGGCGCCACUCUAUCCGCGGUGCUGAAGGCCAACCAGGAGGGCGCCGGUUCCUGCAACUACCGUGAGAUCUUUUUAGAGAUCUGUCGCAACUGCAGUGCCGUGCUCUGCUGUCGGAUGGCGCCGCUGCAGAAGGCCCAGAUCGUGAAGCUGAUUAAAGCUUCCAAGGAGCACCCCAUAACGCUCGCCAUCGGCGACGGGGCCAACGAUGUCAGCAUGAUCUUGGAAGCACAUGUGGGCAUCGGCAUCAUGGGUAAAGAGGGCCGGCAGGCGGCACGGAACAGCGACUACGCCAUCCCCAAGUUCAAACACCUGAAGAAGAUGCUCCUCGUCCACGGCCACUACUAUUACAUCCGGAUCGCUGAACUCGUUCAGUACUUCUUCUACAAGAAUGUAUGCUUCAUCUUCCCCCAGUUCCUGUACCAGUUCUUCUGUGGGUUCUCCCAGCAGCCUCUGUACGACACGGCCUAUUUGACGUUGUACAACAUCAGCUUCACCUCCCUCCCCAUCCUCCUCUACAGCCUGGUCGAGCAGCACGUCACCAUUGACAAGCUCAAGAGGGACCCCUCCUUGUACAGGGACGUAGCGAAGAACUCCCUCCUCCGCUGGCCCGUCUUCAUGUAUUGGACGUGCCUGGGUGUGUUUGACGCCGUUAUCUUCUUCUUUGGUGCCUACUUCCUGUUUGACAACACCACGUUCACCAGCAAUGGCCAGCUUAUGACCACCAACACACAGAUGAUGUUCGGCAACUGGACCUUCGGGACUCUCGUCUUUACUGUGCUGGUCUUCACCGUUACGAUCAAGCUCGCCUUGGACACACACCACUGGACCUGGAUCAAUCACUUUGUCAUCUGGGGGUCACUACUGUUCUACGUUAUUUUCUCUCUCCUCUGGGGAGGCAUCAUUUGGCCCUUCCUGAACUACCAGAGGAUGUACUACGUGUUCAUGCAGAUGCUGUCCAGUGGUCCGGCCUGGCUCAGCAUCAUGCUGCUUGUGACUGUCAGCCUGCUGCCAGAUGUCAUCAAGAAGGUCCUCUGCAGGGCCAUGUGUCCCACGGCGACCGAACGCGCACAGACGGUAAGGACAGCGGGGGCCCCGGAGGGCUGUGUGGCCCCCGGCGCUGCAGAUGGUGGCGGGGGAAGCAUUGAGAGGAACCCGCUCCACCCUGGUAGGACCUGUGAGGGAGACAGUGGAGAGAAAAAAGCCGCUAAGAACUAUGAAUCCACGAUGUCACACAGCCACAGCACCCCUCCCGGCAAACCCAAGGGUACUCGAGGUCACCAUGGACGACGAGAAGCUGUCGUCGCGGGCUCGCGCGGCCGAGUGGACUCCACCGUCCUCUCACCGGUCCCACAAAGGCGCGAGCGCGGACUCCUCUCACCUCCACCUGGGCGCCGCGGAGACACCGUCACUGCGCGGCUCCGAUCCGCUUCCUGGGAAACUACUGGUCCACCUGGCAGGAGGCGGAGGAGGGGCAGACCUGCGCCCUCUCGGCCCCUACACGCUCCGUCUCUCGGGAGAAGGAUUCGCCUACUACGCCCCGGGGCCCGAGACCUCCGUGUGAACACAAGCGCCGGGCUCUGGUAAACUAUGUACCGCGUGGCAUCUCGUGGGCCGAACACGCGAAGAGGCACCGAGAGACGGCAUAUCUUGAGGGUGGGGGGGGAAGGAUAUAGAGAGCAAAAAUACAGCAGGCUAGGAGCCAAAGGAGAAAAAAAAUUAUCAUAAUAAAAAGCGGUGUAUUACAAAGCCCAACCCCCCCCCCCCCCCUCACACACACACACGAGGAACGUGGAGGACAUCUGAAGAGGGAUGUGCAGUAUACUCGCCACCCUGCCUUAAUUCAUAGAUACAGAUUAUUAGAGGAUUAUAUUUCUACGUCAGUUUACUCGUGUUUGUGAGUUGAUGGGGAUGGGGUCAGAGGGCGUACGCGUCUGGUACAGUGUGAUAAUUCUUCCUCUUCUUUCACCCUCACGAUUGUGUCGACUGUUGUUUGGUCUUCUCUGCCAGUGUAGCAUGUCAGAUCUCCCUGCGGCAUGCCGAUCUGCUCAUCCCUCGUCCCCGGUCAUCAUUCAUCAUGAACUAUACAUCGCCACCGCUUUGUUUUCUUCUUUUCUUCUCCAAACCCAGUACACACACACUGUACCAGUACACACACUGUACCCACUCCUGCCCCACUGUGGUGCUGUGGGGUAACAGCAGCAAACCCCCGGGACUCGCAGUCGUUAUUCAUGGCUGUCCUCAAUGACUUGCUCCUCCCCCCUGUUGCGUUGCGUUUGUGUGUUUGCCGCCAUGCUCUGUGUGAUGCAAAAAGUAACGUAAGGAUACUGAUGUCAUGUUUCCACAUUAUACGGUUGUUUUUUUCCUCUGUGUUGCAUUUAUCUAUGAGUUCUAAUGUAUUGUUGUAAAAUUAUUGAUGGCGGUCACUGUUGAUGUAUGGAUGUAACUUAAAAAAUACUUUUUGAUAUAUGUAUAUAUAUAUUGUAUUGAGAAGGGAUGUUAUAUAGGCUGUUGUUAGGAGGGAGACAAUCAAAUCAAUGGAAUGUUGAGCUGAUGUGUCCAUCGUGUCCUCCAGCUGAAGAUUGUAGCUCAUCAUGGAUGACAUCACCUUUUCUGCAUUUUCUCACAUCCCAACGUCCUCUUCGUCCAAAGCAUAUCUGUCCCGUUGCACACGGCGAGUGACCGACUCUGGAAGUCUCGAAUGUCAGAUUCCCGAAGCAUUUUUGUAUGUUUAUACAGUUUAUUUUCAUACACAUCACCAUCUGCCAACAUGUAUAGAUUUAAUAACGGGUGUUGGAUAUUUUUUUUACUGGGGCACAGGUGAUUUUUUCAGUUUGGUUGGAGGUCUGGAUUUGUCUCUUUCAUUUUUCACUCAAAAACGUCCCGACCUCAGUAGAUGAAUUGAAGGGCCUUGGUGCUCGUCAUGCAGCGUCCCGCCUCACUGUGCUGUUGCCAUACUGUAUCCAGACAUAUUCUACAUGUCACAUACAAAUACAUGAUGAUGCUCUGAGGUCUAUUUUACUUUAAUAACGUAAAGUUAACACAGUUUAUCUAAGUCCUUCACAGCUCCGUUUUCCACCUCUACCUGUCACUUUUGUGUUGUCCACAUUGAAUAUUUUCUUCUGGUAUUUUUGUAUCCCAGAGAUGAGAUUAUAUUUUAACUGCGUUUAGAAUGUGUGUUCACGUUUGUAACCAAAAUUAGAGCAACGUAUACAUGAUGUGAUUCAUUAGAGAUUUACCAAUAGGUCCACACACACACACACACACACACACACACACACACACACACACACACACACACACACUGCACUUUGUUCCACAACAGAUCAGUUUCCCCUCUUAAAACAAGGUAUAAUGUCUUGGGGCUUAUACGUUUUCACUCCUCACAAGUUAUUUUUCUAAGAAUGUAGUGGGUGAGUAAGAAGAGAGAGAAAAAAAGUGACCAAAUAACGACCAGGAACGGGACUGUCCGUUGCCUCUGUCUCAGAUGGGCUUAUGGCACCAGCGUUCUCCUCCGGGUCAGAAUGUCAAUUCGGUCACUCUCGAGCUCGGCCAAUGUCCGAAAUGACGACUCGAAGCUGCACGCCUCAUCUCACACUUUCAGUUGCAGCACAGUUUAUAUUACCAAACAGGUCUCGAGAACGUAUUGUUUUGUUUUUGGAUCAGCUAUUGGGACUUUUUGCCAGCCUGUCUGUAGCAAAUGGGGGCAGAGCACUGAAUUGUCAUUUUGCUUGUAAUAAAGAAAAGAGUGAAAACAU